AUGAAGCUGUGGCAUGCCAUAGGGAUCCAGCUGCUAUCGGUGCUGCUUCGUGAGCAGAGCAAGCCGCCAGCUGCUGAUCCUGACAUUGACCGCUGCAGCCUGACCUGUAAUUGCACUGGCAUUGAGGAUCCAUUUGCGGGGAGAUACUAUCCAUUGUCUCUGGUUCUUGCAGGGCUGGGUGUGGGACUGGCAGUUGGGGCACUGGUGACCUCUUGUGUUGUUCUGCGUAAAGUGUCUCGAAGUUCUUCAGAUGACAGCUAUGGUGGCCGAGGGUCUAGGAGACGUGGUGGAGGAAUUCUUUCUGUCCCUCAAGCCGGGAAUGCGGGGCAGUUUGUCAAGAAACGCAUUGUUGGAAAGAAUGGGGCUGGUGAGCUAGUGAAAACCACUGUCGAGCCGACCUCGCCGAAGAAUGCAGUGCGUGUCCGUCCUGCUGGAGCAGAUAGCGUAUGGCUGGCGGCUGAGCCUCUUGGUGGACUUCAGUUAGGACAAGAAGUUUCUUUGAAUGGUGACAGUGACGUUCAAGUAGGAGACAGAACAGCUCUGGCACUUCGUCAGGGAACCUGGGUCAAGAUUGAAUUAGUGCUUUUGUCAGCUGCUGGGGAAUAUGCGAGUUCGCGGAGAAAGCUUUUCAGUUUGGACCCACCUGUGAAGCCCAAUGUCGAAAAGGUGGUCCUUGACAAGAAGGACAUGGAACUGUCAGCUGAUGAGGGUGGGCAGGACAAGGGCGAACAUGGUGAUGUGCGCACACUUUGGGUUGACUUUGAUGAGCAUGGUGAAAGGUUCAAACGUUGGAGAGAUGUUUGUGCUGAGUCGUUCACCCCCGCUUUUGAUACAAAACCAAUUGAGGGACCAUGCACUGCAUUGCACCUGAUUAAGCACACUGAACGCCAAGGUGGAGAUCCGCGUCUUUGGUUGCAGCUCUGGCUUCGAUCCAAGCACAUAGAGCCCAGUGACCGCACAUGGCAUGAGACAAAGGUGCUUGUUGAUGUUCUUUUCUAUGCAGGGACUUUUGACCAAGUCAACAUUCCAGGUCUUAUUUGUCUCGAAGUUGUUUGCCAUAGGCUUCAGGCAAUUGUUGAUGCCUACACCAAUGCCAAACAGCCCAGUUGGGAAAAUGCGAAGAUUUUCACUGGCCAAACUUCCCCAGAAGACAUUGUAUCCCCAGUUUUCAGGAGCUAUGCAACGAAACGAAACAAGGAGGAACUGGAGUUGAUGCAGGCAAGGCAGAAGGUUAGGGAACUUCGUGGCUCACCUGGCGUGUCUUUUGAGGACGCUUCAGGUGACAUUACUCAUGCGCUGCCCAAAAAGCCAUCCAAGACCCCAAAGAAAGGUCAGUGCAAUGGUAUGCAACAGAUGGUUCAAGCACGUGUGGAUGGUCUGGUGUUUAGUCAGAAGCCCAGUGGUGCCGUGCCAUCGCCGCAGGAAGCCUUGGAGGCGCUUCUGCGUGGUGCUGGGCCUUACGAUUGGUCCAGUGCCAAUGAGAUGCUCGCCUCCUAUCGUUCAGAGCUCGUGUCCCUGCCUGAUGACAUCUCGGGUUGUUCCUUUUUGGUUGACAUUUUGGGCAGUGACGACCGUCUGUAUUUGAAGGAGCAAUCAGAGCAGAUGAUGAGAAGUGAUUUGAAUGGGUCAGCAGAUCUUGUUGUUCCAUAUUGGGAUCCAGUGUUGAAGCACAAUCGAAAAGAGUACAAUAGACUUGUUGAGCGACUCACAUCCAUUGGGUAUUUCAACUUCACUCGGCACCCUCUCUGUCAGGUUGGCAUCUUCUUUGUCUGGAAAAGUUCAAAGACGAGGCUGCGCAUGAUCACUGAUGCCAGACUCUCCAACAUGAAGUUCAAGGAUGCGCCGCCAGUCUCGCUUAUGACUUCAGAGGGACUGGGUCGCAUUGAGCUUCAGUUGGAUGAGGGCCUAUGGCAGGAUGAAUCUUUGUGUCUGGCCUUAUCAGUGCAUGUGGGCUUAUCUGACGUUGAAAACUGUUUCCAUCGGUUGAGGGUACCUAUUUGGCUGUCUAGAUAUUUUUGCUGGUCAGCGGUCCCCGCCAAGACAGUUGGGCUAGUUGGAGUUGAACUUGAGGGCAAGGUGCUGGGUCCUUUAGAUCCGGUGUAUCCAUGUGCUGGGAGCCUUUGUCAGGGUUUUUCAUGGGCAUUGUUUUUUGCGCAACGUGCAAACGAGCAGAUGUGUCAGAAGAUUUCACCGUUACAGGAUGCACGGUUGUCAUGCGAUCGGGGUUGUCCUAUUGUUUUGCAUGUUGGGAAGGAUCAUGACACGCUGGUUCAUUACUAUGUCUAUGUGGACAACCUGGGUAUUAUUCAUACGGAUGCUGGUGUUGUUGAGAAGGCUUUGGAUGAACUGGUUUUGGCUUUCGAUGGCUGUGGUUUGAUACUGCAUGGUAGUGAGGUGUCUAGUGGAGAGGUGAAAGCACUUGGAUGUCUUUUAGAAGGCAGUCGCAUGUGCACACGUUUGACUGGCGAGAGACUGUGGAAAGUCCAUCAGGGCAUAGCAGGUUUGGUCAGACGCAAGAAGUGCACUGGCGUGGCUCUGGAGAAGGUUGGUCGUGUCCUUGAGCGUUCUCGCUUCAAGCGGGCCGAAGCACACUCUGCGAGGGAGUCCGCUUUGACUGCUGCUGGGCUGGUCAAUGAUGCUGGCAAGUGGCGAGCUGCGGAUGGCGCUGAUUUGCGUAGACUGCAUGAGGAAGGCUGGGCUUUGGAUGAAACUUUUCCAGAGGUUCCGUCAUCGGGGUUGCGUAGAGAGCUCUGGGCCCCAAAACUUUGGGGGCGAUGGUUUCACAAAGAGAACAUCUUGAUUCUUGAAGCACGAGCUUUGCUGAAAGGGCUGAAAAGGAUUGCCUUCACUCGAUGGGGGCAUUCGCUGAGACAAAACAUGCCGCAGCAGUGCACACGGCAGCUUCAGCUGGUGAGUGCCGAGACGUCGGUGCAGAGGCCUCAGAAAGGCCGAAAGAGGGAGUUGGUGCUGCCAGUGGAGUCAAAGUCAAAGGAGCCAGUGGUAUCAAACAAGCGGACGCGAGGCUUGGACUUUCAGGCCAGUGUUCAUUCCCGACUGCUGGAGAAACGACUGACCCAUGUGAAGUUGCCGGAGACAGAAUCAGAACUUGCAUUGAUAGAGGCAAAGAUGAUCACACCUUUCAAGGACUUCAAGCUCGAUCUGGCAGAAGUGAACAGCUCAGACAGCAACAGCACAUCGUCAGAGCUGCAGGUCGCCAAAAAAGGAGGGAGGAAGCGUUCUUUCGAAAGCAAGCCAAAAGGGGCGCUAAAGAAGAUGGUGGACCAGUUGUUUCAGGAUCCAUCUCGGAAAUCACCUCUGGAAAUGGCGGCGGUCUCAGACAGGGUCCGUCUCAACUAUGCCAAGCGCCUCCAGGAUUUCAAGGACUUUUUGACACAGGAGAGACUUCCCGCCAGAAGCGACGAGGACAUGGAUCAGGCUCUGGUUCUGUUCUUCAACAAAAUGGUUCCUGGAAGGGGAAGGAAGUUCAACGGGGGACUGCACCUUGGCAGCUUUGAUGGAUCACGAUCCAGCAUUUGGAAGACUGGGGAGUCGCCGUAUCCCACGUGCAUGGAGAUGCAUCAGGGGAUGGCGGAAGCUAUGUCCUGUUCGUUCUCGCCUUGCCUUUCCUCUGGCUGUUUGGGCGGCAGUCUCUUGGCGAAUGGUCAAGAGAGGCCAUCUGCAGAAGGCCAUCUUCAACUUGAUCCAGCUCAGCACUUACCACCGUCCUGGAGCACUCUUGAAGCUUCGGAAAAUGGGUCUUGUGAGACCAACCCCUGGCAUUUCAGAACAUUGGGCGGUGAUCACAAGUUUGACAGAAACAAGCGAUGUGGGGAAGACGGGGGCAAAGGACGAGAGCGUCUUUUUGGAUUCAAAGUGGAUCCGAUUCCUCCACCCACUGUUGGAAGAGUUGAAGAAGGGCAAGAAGAUGGACUAUGUGUGGAACUUCAAUUACGGAGAAUACCUAUCAGUCUUUCGGAGCUGUUGUCAGGACCUCAAGAUCGACUUGGUCCCGUACCAGGCUCGCCACUCAGGUCCGAGCAUGGACAGAGCCAGCAAUUUCCGUACCCAAGAGGAAGUGCGAAAAAGGGGAGGAUGGGUGUCACGUCAAUCUGUGGCCAGGUACGAGAAGGCGGGACGGCUAGCAGCAUCGUGGCAGAAACUGGAAAGCAGUGUUCAGAUCACGUGUCGUGCUGCAGAAACGAACCUAGAGGCCAUCAUCCUCGGCCAUCAUUAUCCCGAGAUCGGACUUCCUUGAGCUGGCGUGAAGAUGGCUAUGUGGCAGAUCUGUUUGCUGGCACCGGUGGUGUGGCGCGUGCUGUGAGGAAAUUGGGUUUCAAGACUAGGAGUUGGGAGAUUGAGAAGGGCAAGCAAUAUGAGCUUACCGAUAACUCUGUGAUCUUCAAGGUUUUACAAGAUAUUCGCAGCGGAAAGAUUUUUGCGGUUAUGCUUACGCGUGAGCUUGCUCUAGAGAAGUUGGCUGCAAAAAAGGCCUACGGAGGCGCAGUCAGUCCGUUGGGUGACGAUACGGACACGUUGACCAAGGAGAAGAGCAGCGAAUCACUGUGGGGUCAAGAGGCGUGGUUGAGCAUCCUGACCGGAGAGAAGCGUGUGGAAAUCCCCUUCAGUGAGAUUGGUGCAGCCAGCCAUGGCGAGGAGUACAUCCAGUGGUAUGAAGAGCAACGUGCCCAAAAACGCGCGGCCGAGCCUAGCGCACGGAGAGGAUCGCUGAUGCCGUUGGGCUUCUGGCGUUCCGCCCUGACGGACUUCGCCCUCUCCUCCCUGCAGCCGUCGCCAGGUGAGUGCGUGCAGUUGAAGGGAAGAGCCUCUCUACUGAGGCAUCUCGAAGCCAAUGUGUGCUGGACCUUGCAACGCCUCAACCGGGUGAUUCUGACGAGGCACCCUCGUGAGGAGUCAUCCACGCUGCUGAAACUUUUGCAGCGGCUGGUGGGCAAAGUCGAGGGCUUCGUUGAGGAGCACGAGGCAAAUCAGUCCCUGGGCCGGGGGCAGGUAGACAGGGAUAGGAACAGGAGAAAAGAGAAGCCAGAAGAGGACAAGAAAGCAGAGCGCGAAGGUUCAGAGGAGAGAAGACGCCUUAGAGGGCAGAAGGCUGCAGAAGAGACCGACGAGAGUCCCACUAGAGAGGACAGAAGGAGUCCCUUACGUCGCCACGGCGAAGUAUCAGGCGCGGCCCCCAAAGCGCUGGCAAAAGCAGUCGGGGGAAGAGCCCUGAGACGAGGCCUGAGGCGGCCAGCCGCGGGCAUAGAGGUGGAAGCUCACCCCGCCCUAGUGAGCCCUGGAGACAUCGUGGUGAUGGACCAUGUUCACUACUAUGGGAAGGAGGGCCAACUGGCUGGGAAAGCUGUAGAGGAGAAGUUAGAGGAUGGGAGGAGGAUGCUGCGGCUCGAAGUUACGGGGACGACCCUGGAUGGGCUGCUCAUGUGGGCUACCCAAGGUGCGGGACCCUGCCAAGUCCAUCUAUGCGGGCCGGAUUGCCUGAAGGAGUUGGAGGGGGAAGGACUGGUACACGCUACCAAGUCUCGAGUAGUGAAAGUGGAGGACCUGGAAGGAGUGGGCUGGGCCACAAACGUCCAAGCGGUAGUCCCCCCAAAGGAGGACGAGAACGCAGCUUUGAGGCGGCGAGUGGCUCAGCUGGAGCGAGAGGCGGGGGCAGCCCCUGGAGAGAAAAGGGAGGAAGUCAAAGACGGUCAAGAAGAUCGCAAAAAGAAGAGAGAAAAGGUCCGGAAGAAAGCUGAAGGAGAGAAAGAAGAGGAGCCCCAGCGCGCCGAGUUCCAGAGGAGACGCCGCAAGAUACGCCGCAAGGCCGAGAAGUUCCUGAAGAAGAAGAAGAGCUCCAGCUCCAGGAGUUCAGAAAGCGAGGAUUCGAGGGAAGAAGCCCUUGGGAUGGCCCAAAGUUCCAUCUUUGGAGACGAGUUGAAGGUGAGAGGGCUGGCCGAGAGAUUUCCAGGUCUCCUCUCCGCCGAGUCCCUAGUCAACAUCAGGAGGAUGGUCAUGACCGAGAUGGGCGAUCAUCCCGCUUCAACACGGGGGUGGCCACCCCUGAUGGUGAGGUACUACCGCCAAGUACUAAGCCGUCGAGUGUCAGGAGCGAUGGGGCGAGAGAUGCUGACUCAUUGCUCGCUCAUCGACGCGCUUUUGGAGGGGAAGAUUGCGGUAGCCCUAGAUGUGGCUUUACAGAGGAUAAAGGGGCUGGAGUUGCAAAGCCAGGGCACCAGCUACUUGCUGUCCCAACGUCUCGAGGUUUUACCCUCGGAGGUCGGGGUGCUACCCUCGCGUCAGGAGAUGGCCAUCAUCACCAAGGAGAGGAAUCAGGAAGCCAAAGCUUUCGGGGGGAACAGCUACACAGGCGAGGAAGUAAAGACCGCUAAGUCUUUCGGGUGGGCGAAUAUUGGCCCUGCCCUCCCAAAAGAGAUCGGGGUUGUGCCCCUGCGGGACUUGUGUGAAAAAGGUUGCCAGUUUUACGUGGAUCAUUUCCCUGAAUUCCUGAAGCCACCUGAAGAAUGGCCAUUGUUGAAGAAGGGCCGAGUCAUGGUGAGCUCGGAUGACUGGCCAGAAGUGGCCUGCAAUUUAGUACGGGCGGGGAUUUGUAAAGUCAUCCCGGAGUCUGAAAUAUUCCAUGUGCAUGGAUCGCCGGUGCUGAAUGGCUUGUUCGGCGUUGAAAAGGGUGAGGAAUGCAAUGGCAUUCCCACCUAUCGCUUAAUCAUGAAUUUAGUGCCUCUAAACUCCAUUUGCCUUGGAUUAGAUGCGGAUAUUAGCAGCUUGCCUCACUGGAUGGGCAUGAACCCUUUUAGCCUCAGCCCAUCAGAAGGGAUCUUGGUGCAACGAUCUUGCCCUGCUCCUGCAAGAGACUUGGCCAGUCGAGAGAUACGCAAGGACCUUCCGCUCCCGGCGAGUGAUUGCAGUUGGCGAGUUUAUCUCGACAACUAUGAUCUGCUCGAGAAGUUUCCUCAUGAAGUCAUUCCGGAUUUGGAGGGGACCAUCGCCGAGGAGGUGAAAGGGCUUCGGGGCUCUUACGGCAUCGUGGGCAUCCCACGCCAUGAGGGGAAGAGUGUGUCACGCAAACAAUCGGCCGAAGUUCAAGGAGCAAUGGUUGAUGGGCAGUUAGGUGUGGCGUACCCAAAGGGCGCAAAGCUCAUCAAGUAUGUGGUCAUGCAUCGGCUGACGGUGCCGUCCCUGGUCAAGAUGGAGAUCCUUAGGUUCAUUGGACUGGUACCGCUAUGUCGUAUGGACUUCCGUCUCCCUUUGCGGGGCCAGGUCACAUGCAGUGAUGCGUCAACCUCCGGUGGAGGCAUGUGUUCUUCUGUGGGAUUAUCUCCCUGCGGGGAAAUGGUGGCGGCCGGGGAGUUGCGGCUCGAGGGAUCACCCUUGGAUGGACGCCCGCGAAUCCUUAGCAUUGGCUUGUUUGACGGUGUAGGUUGUUUACGACUGGCGUUGGACUUGCUGGGGGCCCAAGUGGCAGGGCAUGUUUCAGUGGAAAAGCAAGCCGCUGGCCAUCGUGUGGUGGAAUAUCACUUUCCUGGAUCAAUCCUUUUGGAAGACGUCACUGCAGUUACAGAAGACGACGUGCGGGGCUGGUCCCUGAGGUUUGGACAGGUCGAUCUCGUGUUGCUCGGGGGUGGGCCACCCUGUCAGGGAGUAUCUGGCUUGAAUGCCAGUCGCCGCGGUGCCUUGUUAGACGAACGUAGCUGUUUGUUCGUCCAUGUGUCGCGAAUACGAGACCUCCUCAAAAAGCAUUUCAGGUGGUGUCCGGUGCAUGUGAUGAUGGAGUCGGUGGCCUCCAUGGACGAUUCCGACAAGCAGCAUAUGAGUGACAGCUUCGGGGACUCUCCCUGGUUGAUCGAUUCUGGAUCUAUGACAUGGUGUCGUCGUCCUCGGCUUUAUUGGGUUUCGUGGGACAUCCACGCGCAACAAGGGGCCACCGUGCGGGAUGAUGGACAAGUCAUGUUAAUGGCGGAGGCAGAUCUGUCGGAAUUUGUCCUAAAAGGAUGGGACAAGGUUGACUCGUCAAAACCUUUUCCUACGUUCACUACAUCGCGGCCGCGGUCAUCUCCGGGGCAUCGCCCUGCAGGGAUUCAGCAGUGUGACUUAGACACCCUUCGUCGAUGGGAGCACGACAAGUACCGUUAUCCGCCUUAUCAAUACUUGCCGGGGAACUGCCUUACAAAUCGAUUGGGACAUCUGCGACUCCCGGACAUCUUAGAGAAGGAGCUUAUGAUGGGGAUGCCACGGGGGUACACUUUGCCCUGCGUCCCAAAAUCGCAGAGAAAAACGGAAGCACAUUUAGACUUGAGGCACACGUUGGUAGGCAAUGCCUGGUCUAUCCCGGUGGUAGCUUGGCUUUUGGGCCAACUUCUAGGACCACUGGGGUUUACAAACCCCUUCACGCCGCAGCAAGUGAUGGAUCGUCUGGACCCGCGCAAGGUGGUGGAUGUCCGCUCAAAACUUCUACGGGCGCCGCUCAACCCCGUGGUAUCAUCCAUGUCAGGUGCAAGCAAUGAGGCUUCAUUGGGGCAUUUGUUGACGCGCCUGGUAAGCACAAAAGGUGAUGACAUCCUCAUCAGUAGUGGAGCUGAUCAGGUUGCUCGUUAUCAACGUCCAAAAGCGCUGGCUGAGAGCAUCAGCUUUCGCUUUGGGGGUGAAAACAGGGCAGUCCUUGCUCUGAAGAAAAGCUUCGGUGAACAGAUGUCAUUGCUGGACUUCGCGGCAAGCUGCGGAGUGCUCGACCUGGAUCUGGACCUCUUGGCCGGGGAAGAUUCACCCAGACUGCUGGCACACCUCUUCCCAGGUACUGUGACUAUCGACUGCGGCGCAGCACUGAGCAUCCACGGCGACUUUGAGACGCCCAAGCUGGAGUUCCAACGCCUGCAGGGGAAGUGGUGGCUGCUGGGUCGUUACUUGGCCCUGUCGGGCCUCCGGCUGGCUCCAGUGGCUCCAGGUGACAAGAGCCAGAGCUGGGAGGACCUGAAGCUCCGACUGGACGUGCAAUUGAAACAUCUCGAGCUGUGCAUGAAGCCUUGCUUCAUGGCCAGUAUCGGGCCAAGAGAGGCCGCCAACGGACCUGCGACACGGCAACUCUCGCGGGACGAAUGGCUUCUUUUCUUUCAAGACUUGGGGGAAGUGGAUGCUCGAUGGCGACGCCUAUUGAAUGAAGCUGUGCUCCAGCAAGCAUUCGAGAAAGCAGCCGACGAGGGAAUGUUGACCUUCGAAGCAUUCAAAGGGGCCUUGAAGAAUGUCGUGGAGGCCCUCCCGGGUGCCUGGGAUUGCUUGACGCUGGUGGCCAAAUCCGCCGUACAGAUGUGA